AUGUUCGGUAUUGCCGACGACUCUGUCUUCAGCGACUUUGAAGAGGAGGAGCUUCGAAGACCCAUUCCCAGAAAAGAAACGGAUGGUAGAACAAUCUACAUAUCUCGGGAACUCCGAAUGCCUAAGGAUUGGGGAGCCCCCGUUCUAUGUGAUUUUGGGUCGGCGGUGCCUAGCGAUGUAGAGCACUUGGAAGAUGUUCAACCUAAUAUUUAUCGAGCACCAGAGGUGAUCCUGGAAGUGCCUUGGACGAAUAGCAUUGAUAUAUGGAAUGUGGGAUGUAUGAUCUGGAACGUGUUCGAAGGUGGAUCCUUAUUCACAGGACAAGACCCAGAAUUUCAAACUUAUCGGAGUCGAGCACAUCUUGCCGAAAUCAUAAGCCUUCUUGGUAUGCCACCGCCUACAUUACUUGCCCGCGGGCAACUCACUCAGAAGUUCUUUUCAAAUGAUGGUAAUUUUCACGCAGGGAUUCCUAUAAGAGAGCAAAUCCCCUUGGAACAGAGAGAAACAAGCCUUGAGGGACAAGAUAAAGUGAUUUUCUUGCGUCUGAUAAGGAAGAUGUUGCAAUGGGAGCCGAGCGAACGUGCUUCCGCAAAAGAGCUGGCUCAAGACGAGUGGAUAUUGAAGAACUUGUAG